AAACAAUCACUUAUUAAUUAAAAAUGACUGGAUGUCACUAAAAUGUCACUUAUAUUACAAAAAGUACCGCAAUUAUAUAUUGACCGAUCCAGAAUGACUUGAAAAUGAUCCAUAAUUACAGAAAAUUAGUCCAGAAUGACAUGAAAUUUGUCCUAAAUUAUUCAAAAAAUAUCCCAAAGACAACAAAAUAAUCUGAAAUGAUGAGGAAAAGAUCCACGCUGACAUAAAACUUGUUGAAAAUGACUCAAAACUUUUCCAAAACAACUCUAAAAUUGUCCAAAAUGACUAGAAAAUUAUGCAUAAUUACAUAAAAUUAGUCCAGAAUGACAUGAAAGUUGUUCUAAAUGACUUGAAAAUGAUCCCAAAGACACAAAAAUGGUCAAAAAAGACUCGAAAAUUGUCCGGGUCAAUCUAUAAUUGAGAGACUUUUGAAGUCCAUCAGAUAUAUUUUGCAUACAUUUUUAUUAAAAGUAAAAUGUCAUGUACUGUUUGGUUAUAAGCGGCCAUGUUGAUUUUAGGCCUGAAAACAGCAAAAAUGUCCACACAUGGCAGUGGAGAAGAAGGACUCUUUAUUAACAAGAAAAAACCUGUCAGCAGAACCAGACCAAUUGAGGAUGGCCAGAGAGAAAAAAAUACAUAUUUGCUAAUAUGCAAUAGUGCAUAUGAAUACAUGGAGAAAGUGGCCUUAUUGGUAGAUUUAAAAUCACAAAAAAAUACAGUAAGGGUAGUGUUUGAUACUCGAUAUCUCCUGUAUCUCCCCAAACUCCUCACUGCAUGUGCAUGCAGAUGUGCAGUCAGUGUUGCCAGAGAAAGGCAUCUGUGUGCAAUGCUGCAUGGACAGAUGAGGUAGUAAAUGCACGGCAUCCAGCAGUGACCCCAAUCUAUGCAGUUUAACAGUUUUACCAUCUGUCAGUGCAGACCCAAGCUUUUUGCAAAUAAUCCUCCAUUUCCAUGAUGUAAAUAAAUGAGUCUCGUGAGAAACCUGACUGGUUUAAGGUUUAAGAACCACACCUUUAUUUAAAACAACAUCAGUCGUGCAGUAGAUUUCUGCUGCCUGCAAAUAAUUACAUUAGAUUUCUUUCCUGGUGUUCGAAUGUGGACAGACACUAAAUCACGGCACUCAUAAGCGUGUUGUGACAGUUAAUCUGGUCAUGCAGUAAAAGGCUCUUAGUGGAUCAAAGAGGUCCACUUGUGUAGCUCAGAUAGACAAUAAGAAGCAGUUUCUUCUCUCUCAAAUUCAUUAUGCUAUUUCCCCCCAGUUCUGAUAUGCAGUUUAUAUCUGCACAAAUCAUUCAAAGCUAAUUAUCAAAUGAAAUCAAGCUUAUUUAUUUUGCAUGUUUUAAAACAAUCUGAGUUGUCCAAAGUGCUGUAGAUGCUAUAAGACGGGCAAAAAGAAAAUUAUAUAUGAAAAGCAAGACAGAAAACAGAACAAAAUUUGCAAAAUCCCCCCAAAAAUUCAACGAAUUUGAUAAAUUUCCGUAUUAAAAUUGACAUAAAACAAAAACUAUAUUAGGACUGCCAGCAAUACAUAUGAAAAAAAAACAAGAGGUGAGGAAAUGGGGUAUAAGGUAAUAAACUACAGAGUAAAGAAAAGUGAAGACGGAGGAUUGUAUUUCGACUAUAGCCACGAACAAAGAAGUCUGGACGAGAACAGAAUAAUAGUUUUAAGCAACCCUGAAUAUCUCCAUUCAAUCUUCCUAUAGUAAUGCUUACUUCAUUUACCUCGGCAUUUUCUAAACUAAGCCUCUGGCAACCAAAGAGCAGACACACAUUUUGUCUCCAUUGAAUUUAUUUCUUUUUAUAUAAGAUAAUUGUAAAAACUGAUUUAAAUUGAGUAAUAUUGGUAGCACUAUUUCUUUACUUUAAACUUAUGAACGUGUCAGUAGUAAUACGAAUUGAUUGUUUAUUUUCCGAUGGCAUUGAAAGCAUCAUAAAGCUCCUCCUCCUCCGGUAGUCAGAGCGGGAUGUUCAGAUGUUCGUAUCUUCACGUAAAUGCCAUGUAAAUACAGCAAAUAUUCUGCUGCUUUUAGCUCAAAAAUAACUUCAGACGAAUUCUAACUGGGACUACAGGACAUCUGCAGUCAUGUCCGGUGAGGAGGAGAAGAGCAGCUCUGGAUCCAGGACCUUCGGACAGUGCACCUACACAGCUGAGGAGUACCAGGCGGUGCAGAACGCUCUGCGACAGAAGCUGGGACCGGAGUACAUCAGUACCAGAAUGGGCGGUGGAGGACAAAGGGUGUGUUAUGUUGAGGGGCAUCGAGUCAUCAGUCUGGCCAAUGAGAUGUUCGGAUACAACGGAUGGGCCCACUCCGUUUCCCAGCAGAACGUUGACUUUGUCGACUUUGUCAAUGGGAAGUUUUACGUUGGAGUCAGCGCGUUUGUCAAAGUGCAGCUGAAGGACGGUGCGUUCCAUGAGGACGUCGGCUACGGAACCAGCGAAGGACUCAAGUCUAAAGCUCAGUCGCUGGAAAAGGCGAGAAAAGAAGCUGUCACUGAUGGCAUGAAGAGAGCGCUGAGAUGUUUUGGUCACGCCCUCGGAAACUGCAUCAUGAAUAAAGAAUACCUCCUGGCCAUUAACAAAAUCCCCAAACAGCCUCCUCCUGCUCUAGACCCGGCCCACACUAAGCGCUCUGAUGAGGAACCAUCAGUGGAAAAGGCUCGGGUCUGCAGCCUGGUCCGGGAGGAAAACCAGGUAUCUGCUGCAGGUCCCUCAAGAAUGCCGCUGGAGCCCAGAGUCAUCAUCCAGAACCAGAACCACUCAGAGGUUCAUACUCCUGAUGCUGCUGGUCCUGUCUUCAACAGGAAGAGCGAGAACAGCAGCUCCAGAUCUGCUGGCGUCACCGAGUCUGAAGCUCACACGGACCCCAAACAGCUGAGAAAACUGAGGCAGCAGCAGCUUCAGCAGAAGUUCAGGAGAGAGAUGGAGGCCAAGAAGCUGCAGCAGAAACAGGACAAAGCAAAAUCCGAAGAGUCGGAAAUUCCUAUUGGACAAGCUUCUAGUGGCGGUUCCUCAGGCGAAGGUGUGGCAGCGUUCAGCGACGGCAGCAACCCUGAAGACAGGAAGCCCGGCAGCAGAGAUGUGCAUUUAGCAGAUGACCCUGAGCUCUGGGAUUUCACUCUGGAUGGGAUCGAGGAGCCGGGCGUCUCUUCAGCGUUCAGGCCCGGCACACCUGGAAACCACAAGAUGCAGACGCGCAGCAAAACUCCUCAGAGACCUUCUGAGGCCUCGUCCUACAUCCGAGGACACGACCAGCACAGACCUCAACACCACAACCAGCAUCAGGGGAGGCCAGGUAACGGCUCCAGUCCGUUCAGACAAGGACAGUACAUGAAGAAACGCAGACUGGACACCUGAGGUUUUACGCCGUUGUUCAUCCAGCUGCAUUUUAUUUAUUUUACUACAUUCAUUUAAAUUCAUGUUACAAUGAUUUGCUGCUAUGCAUGAUAUUUGGAGAAAUGUAGAUUAAUGUGUUCUGGUUUUGUAAAAAUAAAAACACUGCAAAGUAAACGACAAAAAUAAUUUUUCCUAAUUUGAUUUGUGUUGCUCAUUAAUAUUGAGAAAUACAGGGUAUCCUAAAAAAGUUUACAUCAUUUCACAGGCCAAUAAUUUUGGCAAUUCUUGUUGAAAUAACCUCAAAUUUUCAUAGAAUGUACAGAAACAGAUCAAGAUUUGAUAUUUAAUGUUUUAGUUUUGUUUUCAGGUUGAGCCGUGCCGUUCACUCCCAAAGAGAAGUCAUUUUGCGUCUUGGAACCAG